AGCUCUUCAGGAUCGGUAACCUCCAAAAGGCCAAAACAGCGCAUGUAUCAUCAUUAUCAGCAGCAUCAUCCUCGUUUCCAAUUAUUUGUUUUUCUCUAUCCCUUUUGUAAUAUAAAAAACUCAAAAGUCCCUUUCUUGAUUAAACGAAGAAGCGAAUCCAGUCUUCUUUGCAAAACCCUUUUCUCCAUUUGCUCAAUUUCACUUCAUCAUUUCAUUUAUCAAGAAACCACAAAGAAUCAACAAAUACCAAGAAACUUUUUUUUUUGUUGCUUUGGUGGUGAUGGGCAAGUUACAUGAAAGAUUUGCUGGGUUUAUCAAUAAUAGAUGGCUAGUUUUUGUGGCUGCAAUGUGGAUACAAUCUUGUGCAGGGAUCGGUUAUUUAUUUGGUAGCAUAUCACCAGUUAUAAAGAGUUCUUUGAACUACAAUCAAAGGCAGCUUGCAAGUUUAGGUGUGGCUAAAGAUCUUGGUGAUAGUGUUGGUUUCUUGGCUGGUAGCUUAUCAGAAAUCUUGCCUUUAUGGGGUGCUUUGUUAGUUGGUGCUGUGCAGAAUCUUGUUGGAUAUGGUUGGGUUUGGCUUGUGGUAACAGGCAGAGCUCCUGUUUUGCCUCUAUGGGCUAUGUGCAUUCUUAUAUUUAUAGGGAACAAUGGUGAAACCUACUUCAACACAGCUGCUCUAGUUUCUUGCGUGCAAAACUUUCCAAAAAGCCGUGGCCCUGUUGUGGGAAUUCUAAAAGGCUUUGCUGGAUUAAGUGGUGCAAUUUUGACCCAAAUAUAUGCAACGAUCCAUUCCCCUGAUCACGCAUCUCUCAUUUUUAUGGUUGCGGUUGGGCCAGCAAUGGUAGUCAUUGCUUUGAUGUUCAUUGUCAGACCUGUUGGAGGUCACAGACAAGUCAGAGCAUCUGAUGGCACAAGUUUCACACUUGUAUAUAGUGUCUGUCUUCUACUGGCUGCAUAUUUAAUGGGGGUUAUGCUUCUUGAAGAUCUAGUUGAUUUAAGUCACACCGUGGUUAUAAUUUUUACAGUAGUUUUAUUCAUCCUCCUCUUGAUUCCUAUUGUGAUUCCUGUGUCAUUGAGUUUUUUCCUUGAUCCAAGAGAUCCAGUAGAACAGCCUCUUCUACCUGAGACAUCGAAACAAGAACCUGGAAAAUCUGGGCAGGAGACUCCUGAGGUAAUAUUCAGUGAGGUUGAAGAUGAAAAACCCAAGGAAGUAGACUUGCUACCAGCAUCAGAGAGGCAAAAACGGAUUGCACAGUUGCAAGCAAAACUGUUCCAAGCAGCUGCAGAAGGAGCAGUGAGGGUCAAGAGGAGGAGAGGUCCACACAGGGGCGAGGAUUUCACCUUGAUGCAAGCAUUGAUCAAGGCAGACUUCUGGCUUAUUUUUUUCUCACUUUUAUUGGGAUCUGGAUCUGGACUGACAGUGAUUGAUAAUCUUGGUCAGAUGAGCCAGUCUCUAGGGUAUGAUAAUACACAUAUAUUUGUGUCCAUGAUUAGCAUUUGGAACUUCCUUGGCCGUGUUGGCGGGGGUUACUUCUCUGAGAUUAUUGUCAGGGACUAUGCUUAUCCAAGGCCAGUGGCAAUGGCCAUUGCCCAACUUGUCAUGGCAGUUGGGCAUGUCUUCUUCGCAUUUGGAUGGCCCGGGGCAUUGCACAUUGGUACUCUGCUGAUUGGACUUGGCUACGGGGCUCAUUGGGCAAUUGUGCCAGCUGCUGCCUCAGAGUUGUUUGGUUUGAAAAAAUUUGGGGCUUUGUACAAUUUCCUCACUCUGGCAAAUCCAGCAGGUUCACUUGUCUUUUCCGGUCUAAUUGCUAGCAGCAUAUAUGAUCGUGAAGCUGAAAAGCAAGCUCAUGGAAACAAUUACCUCGUUCAGAACUCAGGGUCAAUUUUUUCAGGCAUGUUGGGUCUGAAUGAACCGCUAAAGUGUGAAGGUUCCAUAUGCUACUUCCUUACUUCUCUGAUCAUGUCAGCAUUUUGCGUUGUCGCGUUUGUCUUAAGCACGAUUCUUGUUUAUCGGACAAAGAUUGUCUAUGCAAACCUCUAUGGAAAAUCACGGAGUUGACUUGCACAAGAGAACUAAAGCAGGCAUUUAUAGCUAGACGACAUCCAGUUAUGACAGUUUUUUGUGUUUUCAGAGAAAGGUUUUGAUGGGAUUUCUUCAUAUUUGUGUAUUCACGUUGCCAGAGAGCUGGCUGAGUCAAGCUCCCUACAGUAAACUCUCAAGUAAAUACUGCCUGGACGUUAUUCUUGGAAUGUAGCAAUUACUGUAUAUUUUUUUCUAUCUGUUUGAACAUUCACAAUGGUGAUUUUUUGGCAAUGAAGUCGGUUUUGUUCAUCAA